CUAGCUCAGCGUUCACACACAUCAAACUUCAAGAUGGCGGCAAGUUAUGGCGGGCGUCAAAUUAGAUAGCAACUUCUUCAUCUUUCUUCCACACAUUUCCACAAGAGAACCCGUGUCUGAUAUCGAGAAAGGACCACGCUAUUCAUGCUUCGUGGGAGAACUUCUACACUUCUUUCUGAUCGCGCAGUUUCGCGGGAAGGGUGAUUCGACCGAUGGGCUUCGAGAGUGGCAGAAUCGACUUUUACGUUUGAACACAUGUGUAAGCGUUAGUUGUGUUGAUCUUGCAAGUAGGUCAGACGAGUGUCAACAGAUCAAGAGUGGUUUCGUCAAGUGUUAUGCAGUGUCCUCGUUUAGGAAUGAAAAAAUAAUCGAUUCACCUCAUGAUUCAACUAAGGUACACUGUCCUAUCAUAACAUCUAGAGGGGACAUCAUCUACCCUCUUACUGCCUCGUUGGAUGUGCUACCAGCAUUGAGCAAAAGAAUCAAGUUAUCAGUCAAUGUGUGGACGCAGGAGCUGAGUGCACCCGUUAAUGUCACUAAUGGUCUGCAGUGGAGCAAUUACGUGGACUACUUUAUCAACAAUGACCCUGAUGAUGCCUUGGGUGAUCUUCAGACACCAUUUAGAUGUCAUGUAAAUGCUACCCUCCCUGUUGUAUCUCCACCUACUGUAAGAGGCAAGUUCACAACGGCUACAGGCAAACAUUAUGUUGCAAUUGAAGUCAUUAACAGCCUUGGUGAACCUGUGACAAUCCAUAAAGUUAGUGUCCAUACAAGCUCUCAUUCAAUAACGAGAAGAUCUGGUCCAGCGAAGCAUGCACUAUCUAACUCACAAAACAGAUACAACUCAAGCGUCUACACUGUUCCAUUGCUGCCCAAUGAAGCUAGUGAACACACCCCUACUCUUCUCCCAUGCGAACACUCUACAUACUUAUUCAGAAUCGUCCAACCAGACAGCAGUAUACCAUAUCAAAAACAGAGGGACAUAGAUCUUCUGUCAUCUGUGACAUGGAGUGUCAACACCUUGGAUCUGCGGCACCAGCACAUCACCACACGAUACAGCUUGCCGCAUUUAAAUAUCCAGAGGUCAUCUGUGACUGUGAAGGCCUCUGCAAAUUCCACCAUUAAAAAUGGAACAAGGUUUUUCGUCAACUAUACAGUCAAUAAUGAAGAUGAAGCAGACUUUAAUGCAUCAAUGCUCUGGCAACACAACCUUGGUACUCAUCUCAUGCCAGGAAUGCACAAUAUUGACUCAAAUUCUCUUAUUUGCCUACAGCCAUCCUUAAAGCUUGGCGUACCUUCAGGAUGCUCACAAAAUUUUCAAGUAGAGUUUCUUGCUGUGCAAGAAGGUUUACAUGAGGUUGGACGAUCCAUGGUCUGCCAGCUGAGCGGUGAUUUUGGGGAGAGGCCCCGCCUAAUAGGGGGUGCAGGCACUUUGUCCCAUUCUUGUCAAGUUUUUGUUAUAGACAAUAAUAGGUAGCUAGAAUUAGACUCUUUUUACCCAGUUACCCAUACCCUGUUUACUGGGAAUAAAUGGGGAUAUUUAUACUGCAUAAGAAUUUGCAGAAUAUACAUAGAUGAAUCCAUAUUGCAAGAGUAUUGGUUUUCCGUAAAGAACUAAGAAUUAGAUAUACCUGGAAUUUAACAGGGUUUACUUUAUUAUUUAUUAAUUUUGACUCUUUAAGGGGAAUGAAAAAAUAGUAUUAUUUAGUGAAAUGGGCCUUGAAACCAUAUAAACUGUUACAGUAAUUUGCCAUUGCUCUCUUAUUACACUUAAUUCUCACGUCACUUUAAUUUCGCGAAUUUCGCGAUUUUAAAGGAUUCGCGAAAAUAAAGUGAGUACACAAGAAGCCUUUUGGGGAAUAUUGGCCGUUUAAUAAGCUUUGUGGAAACACCUUGUCUAUUUAGUCAUCGAAUGUACAUAUAGUACGGCAAGGGGUUGAGCUGGACUUGUAUUUAUAGAUUCUUAUGAAACUAAAAUUAGCCCUCGCAUCUCUUUGUUACAAAUUGUUUCAGUUUUGAUGAUUACACAUCAUUAUUGCACAUUUUAAUUCCAUUGUUUUGCUUGAUAUUAUUAUUCCAAAAUCGCGAAAAUAAAGUGAUCUGGUGUUUACGAAAAUAGGAAAAUCGCGAAAAUAAAAAGUCACGAAAUAUCGCCAUCUCAAAAUCGCGAAAUUUUGACCUCGCGAAAAUUAAGUGUAAUAAGGUAGAUGCUCCGACCAAGUUUUAUUUAUUUUAUUUAUUUUUCCGACUUUUUCUAUUAGAAUGAAAAUGCUUGGACAUCUAAACCACCUUUUUUUGGCCCUUACGUGUGUCAUUGUUUUUUUUUUUUUCAUUUAUUUAUUUAUUUAUUGCCAGUUGACUUAUUAAUAUUGGAAUUGACUAGCCUCUGCCAGCCGCCAUUUUGUCAUCCUACCAAAGUACCAAGUGUGAAAAAGCAUCCAUUUUCAUCGGCUCAUUUCUACGAUAUUUUCGUUGAAUUUGGUAAAUAAAGUAUUAAACUUUGUUCUUAGAUGGUUAUUUUGUAACUUUAUCACGUGCUCCAAUAUUGAAUAAAAACAAUAACGAAGUUGUGGUUGACGACUGGGCUUUAGACACUAUUAGAACCACUUUAUUUUAUCCCAAACUUACUAAUUGAAAACUGAGAUGGAUUACUUGUUUAUACAUGGAUAAGAAUUGAUCUUGUAAUACAGUUGUAAGGGUAGAUGAGCUCAUGUAGGGAGUAAAAUGCAAUUUAAGCUAU